AUGUCCAAUUCAACAUUUUCAGAACAUCUGAAACUACUUCAGCAUAACGAAAUGAGUGACCACUAUCUCAGCAAAACAUUAUUAAAUGAAUCCAUCAAGCUUCUUGGGUAUCAUGUGCAACAGAUAAUUAAGAAAGUUCACUCUACUAGAUAUUUUGCUGUGAUAAUGGACUGUACCCCUGAUAUUAGUUAUCAGGAGCAACUAUCAGUAAAUCUGUGUAUUGUUAACUGUAGUGUAUCAGAUGGUACUCAUGUUUCCGAACAUUUCAUCAGAUUUAUCACCAAUGAUGAAUCCAAUGGGAAAGGAUUACUGGAAGCUUUUUCAUUUCAUACACAGAAGUUAAACAUCGAUAUUAACAAUUGUAGAGGCUAA